AUGCUUUACCUGGAGGAUUACGUCGAGAUGAUAGAGCAUCUUCCACAAGAACUCAGGGACAGGUUUACAGAAAUGAGAGAAAUGGACUUGGGUGUACAGAAUUCGAUGGACAGUAUAGAGAAAAAAGUAAAGGUUUUCUUCUCUAAUGCCAAGAAAUUGAAGCCAAAUGAGAAAGAGGUGGAAUACGAAGCAAUACGAAAAGAGUAUUACAAAACCUUAGAGGAUGCUGAUGAGAAAGUGCACCUCGCGAAUCAGAUGUAUGAUUUGGUGGAUAGGUAUUUAAGGCGGCUGGAUCAAGAACUUCAUAAAUUUAAGAUGGAGCUGGAAGCUGAUAAUAAGGGUAUUACGGAAAUUCUAGAAAAACGAUCUUUAGAGUUAGAUCAGCCAUCGACCAAUAGCAGUCAAAAGGAAAAUCGUUAUAGCUUUACUUCGAGUAGAUCUCGAGAUAAUCAUAGUCAUUCGCGAGGGGAAAAGCGCCGUGACUCGAACGCCUCCUCGACGUCCGUGGAGAAGCGCGUCGCGGUCGAGAAGAUCCCAGCGCCGAGCGGCAGCCUCGCGGAGCCACGGCCAGCCUCGGCAAACUCGGGGUCUAUGCUGCCGCAGGCGGUCACGAUCCCGGCGACGUCGGCCACUGCCCCGGGUGCCGGCCUCGGCAACUCUGUCGGGCCCGUGAGUUACAACCUCGGGCACAUCGGAGCAGGUGGCAAUGCGAUUGCGGCCGCGGCCUCGCAGGCCAUCGCCGCUACCCAACACAUGCAACAGGGAAGGCGCACGGCAAGCCUCAAGGCCAGCUACGAAGCGAUAAACACGGGGGGCGUCCACGCUGCCGAGUUUAGCCGGGAGCUGGCGGGUGCCGCCCAGACGGCCAUUGCGGCCAUUCAGGAGUCCUCGAAGAAGAACAAAAAAAAAGUGACUACCUCGAACGUCCCGAACGCCAAUGUCAUGCCUUCGACGGUUCACCAGCAUCAGCAACAUCAUCAACAGCAGCAGCAGCAGCAGCAUCAACAGCAACAGCAACAGCAACAGCAGCAACAACAGCAGUCGGCGGUUGCCGCGGCUACGGUCGCUGCUCAGGUCGGAACAACGUCGAGUUCCGCAGCGGCGGCUGCAGCGGCUGCAGCCGCUGCAGCCGCGCAGGCGACCGCUGUCACUGACUCGGACAACCCCGACUGGACUUUCGACCCUAACGAGCCCCGGUACUGCAUAUGCAAUCAGGUUUCCUAUGGCGACAUGGUGGCAUGCGACAACUCUGACUGCCCGUUCGAGUGGUUCCACUACCCAUGUGUGAACAUAACUGCACCACCGAAAGGCAAGUGGUACUGUCCUCAGUGCACCUCCUCGAUGAAGCGUCGCGGUGGCCGAAAAAACUAAUGGAGGCGCCGCCGCCAGAAACGAUCCUAGGAAUAGCCACUACCUCUUGGGAUGCCGCCAGCCGUCCGUCCGACGCAUGGACCCGGGGGCCGUCAUUAGCUAGCAAACACACGAUCCUCUCAAGAAUGCAGUUUGUAGGGAAGUUUGUAAUAAGUGCGCUGUGUUGUAAGGUGUAGUUAGGCUCGCGGUCCGGUCAGCCUUCGCGCGCCGACCUCAAACUAGUUAGCAAUGUUUUUCAAAUUUGAAGGAAGGCGGAGGGUUGCACCUGCUACCCAGUUGUUAUAUAUUAGAUAACGAAGUGAAUAGGUAGGGGAGCGGUGGCCUCGUUCUUCCUUUAACUCGUUUUUAUUUAAAUAGCAUGCAAAGGUAAUGAUUAUUAUAAGCAAGAACUUAGGGAUCGUUCGGCAAAAUCGCCUUCCGCUAAAAAUUCAGUGCUUUGUUUAUAUUGUGAUAAUGAGUAAUUUCGCAAGGGAAUUUACUGCUGUUUGCAUUUUUUUUUCUAUUUUUAUUGCUUUUGUACAGAUUUCUUUUUCGUUGAUAAGAACAAUGAGAUUUAGAUAGUUGCAAAUUAGUGCUGGGCUUGAUCAAUUGUCAAAGUUAUUUAUUUAUUUUUUCUAUUAUU